CUCCUAUCUCAACAAAAUCCAUAUCCAUCCUCCUCAUUCCUAGCUUCAUCUGCUUAUGAAAAUCUCAUUUCUAAAACAAGGUCAAAAGAGUAAGUCUGAUACUUUUAGCCUAGUUUAUAAUGCAACAUGUCCAAGACAGCUACUACACAGCAACCUAUUGCUUCUCUCUCUCUACUUGAGUUUCUCACUGAAAUGAAGAGGCAAUCCUACACAGAAACAGUCACUCUACCAGCAAAAUCUCCAUCCCAAUUAUCCUCUGAAUGCUGGUUUGACGAUGCAUGCAUACUAGACAUGGAUUACUUUGUCAAGACCCUUUCUGGCAUUAAGGCCAAAGGUGUUCGUGCUGAUUUGAUUGGUUCCAUUAUCACACACUAUGCUUCCAAAUGGCUCCCUGACCUCUCUGCAGGUGACAUGGCUGGAAAGGGUCUUACCCAAUUCGAAGAAUCACCUGAAAGUGUCACAGUUUCAUGGAUGAAGAAGAGGUUCUUUGUAGAAACCUUAGUUGGUGUUCUGCCUACUGAGAAGGAUUCCAUCCCAUGCAACUUCCUCCUUCGCCUUCUUAGAAAGGCCAACAUGGUUUGUGUUGAUGCCACUUAUAGAGAAGAGCUUGAGAAGCGUAUUUCAUGGCAGCUAGACCAAGCUUCAUUGAAAGAGCUUGUUAUUCCUUCUUUCAGUCACACUUGUGGGACUCUAUUAGAUGUUGAGUUGGUCAUUAGGUUGGUUAAGGGGUUUGUGAGUUUGGAUAGUGAGGGAGCUAAGAGUGGUGCUGCUUUGGUUAAGGUGGCAAAGUUGGUUGAUUGCUACCUCGCUGAAGCUGCUGUGGAUGCCAAAUUGAGCUUGUCUGAGUUCGUUACUCUUGCUGGAGCUCUUCCAAGCCAUGCAAGAGCAACAGAUGAUGGACUGUACAGAGCCAUUGAUACUUAUCUAAAAGCACAUCCAGGGGUGUCAAAGCAAGAAAGGAAGGGUCUGUGUAGGCUAAUUGAUAGCCGAAAACUAACACAAGAGGCAUCACUUCAUGCAGCUCAUAAUGAACGCUUCCCAGUUAGAGCUGUGAUUCAAGUGCUUCUCUCUGAACAAAUCAAACUCAAUCGCCACCUCGAUUGGAGUGGCUCCAUCACCAGUAGUACUAGAAGCCCAAAUGGUGGGUUUGAUGCACCAACAAGGUGUCUUUCUAAACGUGAAAUAAAUGCUCAACAAGUGGAGAUAAAGAAGCUGAAGGAAGAACUGUACAUGCUGCAAAACCAGUGUAACACAAUGCAAGUGCAGAUGGAGAAGAUGGUGGAAAAGAAGAAGGGGUUCUUCAAGUGGAAGAUGUUUGGGGUGCCUUCUUUCAACAAAGGUGAGAAAACCGAACAAGAGGUUGAAGGGGAAGUUGGGUUUGGAAAGAACACACCUUCGGACAUGAAAACUAGGUUGGUGAACGUCAAAGGUAAGUGGAGGAAAUCAAUGUCCUGAAAACACAAUCACUGAAAGAUAAGAUAAGAUGGUUUUUGUUUAUUGUAUUAGUAAAAAGGUUAUUCUACUUACCAUUUUUUCUGUCUAUCUUUGUCUAUCACUCUAAAACAUCAUUAGAUUAGAAUCUUAACUAACAUUUAUCUUUCUCUCUCUUCUUGAGAUUCUGAUCUAAUGGUGUUGGAAGGUGGUAGGCAAAGGUAGGCAGAAAAAAUGAUAGGUAAAAUAACCUAUCCCAUUGUAUCAAGCAAAUUAUUGUAAUAAGUUCGUUUUUUGGUGUUAGAUUUGUAUGCAAUAAUGUAAGGUCAACUCUUGUAUUUUGGAAUAAACUCAAUAAGGAUGAUGUGAGAUAAU